AUGUUUCACUUAGUCGAGUUCGAGGGUAAAGGUGGUGAAUCGUUAUUAGUAGAUGGCUUUUGGAUCGCCCAUCAACUGAAAAUAAGAUCUUCCAAUCAUUAUAACACCCUCUCUACGAUUCCGAUUCCCUCUCAUUCUGCCGGCGAUUCUAAUAUCCUUAUCCAACCUACUCCUAUUGCUCAUCCAAUUCUGAAUCACGAUCCACUAACCAAAUCUCUCUACCAAGUUCGAUAUAAUAAUGACGAUCGAUCGACCAUGUCUCAUUUAUUGUCUGAUCAAGUACUAGAUUUUUACGAGGCGUUGAAAGAAUGGAACAAAUUAUUAAGCGAUAAGAAGAACGAGUAUCGGUUUCCGUUGCGUCCGGGGAGGGUGGUUGUGUUCGAUAAUUGGCGUGUGUUGCAUGGACGAGCGGCGUUUGAGGGACACCGACGGUUAAUCGGAGCGUAUUUAAAUUGGGAUGACUAUAGGAGCAAAUUAAAAGUAUUACAUUUAAAUGAAGAAGAGAUUUUGGAAAGAUUAUGA